AUGUUUAAUGUCAUGAAGUUUCCUGAUACUUCAGGUGAAAAACAUCAUGGAUUUCAUGUGCUUUACGAAAAUUUAAAGCAAGAAGAAGAGUAUGUGCAAGAAUUAGCUCAAUUUUUUAAGGAUCGUGCUAGCCUGGAAGAGGAAAACAGUAAAUAUUUUGCAAAAAGUAUCUGUAAAUGUGGUCUGCUGUGUUCCGGUGAAAAUGUUUUCUCAAAUUCAUGGCAAAUUACAAAAAACACAUUGAACCUGCUUGCUGAGAUACACUCAUCGUUUUUAGCGUUGCUACAACAAUUGCUUAAAGAUGUGAUGCAUUAUCAUGAUGACUUAGUGCGAUUUCGCAAAAAGGCUAAAGAGCGUGAUGUACUGGAUGCCGUUAAUCUUAUGCAAACAACAACAACUUGUUUACAGAAGGCAAAAGAAACUUACAUACAACGAUGGAAUGAACUCGAAAAAUUGAAAAAGGAGGGAGUGAAUUCAAAAGAGUUAGCAAAGGCUGAAACUAAACUUCUGAGAUCUCGUGAUGAAUAUCGAAGCUACGUAGAAAAAUAUGGAAUUGUUCGUGAGGAAUUCGAAGAAAAAAUGAUUAAGGCGACUCGCGCUUUUCAAUUGCAUGAUGAAGCUUAUUUUCAGCAGAUAAAAAAUUUCGUUUUAUCAUUUGCUCGGGCAGCAGACGAUGCUACAACAGCUUCGUCACAUGUGUGCGCACAAUAUCGUGAUGCGAUUGAGCAAAUUGAUAUAUCUGAAAUGAUGUUAAAAUUUGUUGAAGCGAAAGGAACUGGCAAAGACCCACCAGAAAUGGUUGUCUUUGAAGAAAUUGAUGGAGCGAGUUCAAUCGCGGGCAAUAUUUCGAAUCCGUCAUCAUCAAAUUCAUCUGCUAUAGUUCAGUGUGCUAGUUCUUCAGAAUUACCUGCUGAACAAGUUGCACCUGAUUUAUUAGACUAUAAAGCAAAUAAUCCUGAUGUAUGGUCGGAUGGUUGUCCAUCGCAAAUACAAAAAUGCGUACCCAAUGAAAGUGAUUCAACGCCAACGGCUGCCACUCCUGCUGUGCCAUUUCCAUUUUCAUCAUCGUUGAGUAGACAAAAACUCUCUCUUUGGUUGCCUGGAAAACGGAGAAAAUAUGCAUCACAGACUAAUUUGCAGAUGGUUGAACAACCGCAAAAUGAUCUGGCAUACAAUCAUUCUUCUGAAACUGCUGGGUUUUUAAGAAAAUACCGAAAUCGUGCGAAGAAGUCUACUUCUGAUUUAAUUUCAGAGAAUGUGGAUUCUAAUUCAAAUCACAACAACGCAGAUGAUUCGAAAAGUACUGCGAGCAGCAAUCGAAGUGAUGAAAAGAUGUUUAUGAAUUCUAAUGGCGCAAAUACAUCGGAAUCAGCAGCAGCGCCUCCAUCACUUUUAAAGGAAAAUGUUAGGCCAGAAAAUCAAGAUCAAAACACCGUUCAUAAGAAUCAGUCUAAUGCAGAUGCGAUAUCACAUUGGAGUAGUUGUACUGAUUCGUCUGAUGAAGAUGAAGGUGCAUUUCAUGCUUCAAAAUUGCGCCAACUUAAUAUAAAACCUAUUGGCGAAUCGAUUAAUGUAUCUGUGGAUGAAUUACGUGAUGCCGUAGGGCGUAUGAAUUUCGCUAAUUCUUUAACGAGGAGUUCGACAUUUGAUACAGAUCCGUGGUCUGCUACGAGUCGAUUACCAUUCAGUGCUAGUUUAGGAACCAAUGUACCUCCACUAAGAACUGCAUUUACUGGUGACGAGCAUUUGAGGAGAAAAUGUGAUUCAAGUAGUAAUAUUCCAUUGCCAUUUUCGUUGUCAAUGACUGGUGGGAGCAUUGCUCGAGCAAGACCCCGAAGUAUCACUCCAACUCCAGCAACUUCCUACUAUUCCUCGCAUAUAAAUAUACCUACUACAAUUCUAGAUGCAGCUAGAAAAGACUCCGCUUCCAGUGAAAACGCUGAAUCGGUCUCUUCAUUAUCAGCCAAUAAUGAAUUUUCAUUGAGUAUGUCAAUACCCAAUCUUAUACCAUUAUCAUCCACCAUAAAUGAACAGCAUAUACCAAUUGCCAUGGCUAUAAAUGAAUAUAUUCACGCUUGGUUCAAAGGAUCCAGUUCUUCAGAGACUUUAAUACGUAUAUUUGGUAGUGUACUUAUUUCUUUCCCAUCAACAGUAGUGUCUCUAUUAACCGACACUGAACGUGAUCUCAAGCCGCUAAAAUUUUCUUUAUUGAAUUUUAAUAAAAUUAAAAAGGUGCUUCCUAAUAAGCAGAUAUUGGAUAUCGAAAAUUGUGAUGAACAACUUAAUUGUUACACUAUUGAUAGGUCUUUAGUGGCUACUUGGCUAAAAAAGAAAUGUGCUGAAAAAGCCGACACACUUUUCUUCAAUACAGAGGUGCUUCGUUAUGAAUUAGAAGAUAUGAACGAAGCGCCAUUAAUAAUGAAUGCGUACUGGAAAACUGAAGAGGAGAACACGGAUCUUAGAAUCGAUUAUUGCAUAAAUGAAAUGUGUAGCAUAAAAAACCCACUAUUGAAUAUUGUAUUCAGCACAAAAGUUGAUGGGGUCGUAUCAAACAUUAUUUCCGAUCCACUUGCUGAAUGGUCAGAAUCUGCGCAGACUCUUGUUUGGAAAUUAACUGAAUUAUCACGUCAUGGCGACCGUGCUGGUUCUUUAAAGGCUAGAUUGUCCCUUUCGAAUGGUCCAUCGCAUGCUACUCAAUCAUUUGUACAGUUUCAAGCCUCUGACGCAUCUCUGUCCGGUCUUAGCCUUAUACUCGAUGACAACGCUUUUUAUCAUUUAUCGAUGUUGCGAAGAAAAGUACUUUCUGGAAGAUACUUUUGUGAUCCUGAAAUUCGAAAAUAA